CUAUUGGAAAAGCGUUAAGAAGCUUCGAGAGGGUUCAGGAGAUCCGGCGGCUUCUCGAACAAUCUCUGCCCGUGUAUAUAAGCUCGCCAGCGGACUCGAGAGCGACUAGAACCCGCUGACGCUGGAGAAGAGGAAAUACAGCGAAUAAUUCAACAAAGAAACUCUCAGAAUAAACCACUCGAGAUGCCUGAGGCUCACGAGCAGCAGAUGAUGGAGGAUGAGGAGGUGGAGACGUUUGCGUUUCAGGCUGAGAUCGCUCAGCUCAUGUCUCUGAUCAUCAACACCUUCUACUCCAACAAGGAGAUCUUCCUCCGAGAGCUCAUCUCCAACUCCUCUGAUGCUUUGGACAAAAUCCGCUAUGAAAGUCUCACAGACCCAAGCAAGCUGGACUCAGGAAAAGACCUUAAAAUCGAAAUCAUUCCCAACAAAGAAGAGCGCACGCUGACCAUCAUCGACACCGGCAUCGGCAUGACCAAAGCCGACCUGAUCAACAAUCUGGGCACCAUCGCUAAAUCCGGCACAAAGGCCUUCAUGGAGGCUCUGCAGGCCGGAGCGGACAUUUCUAUGAUCGGUCAGUUCGGUGUGGGCUUUUAUUCUGCGUAUCUGGUGGCCGAGAAAGUGACGGUCAUCACCAAACAUCUCGAUGAUGAGCAGUACGCGUGGGAAUCGUCUGCUGGCGGAUCGUUCACUGUCAAAGUGGAUAACUCUGAGCCAAUCGGCCGUGGCACAAAAGUGAUUCUUCAUCUGAAGGAGGAUCAGACAGAGUACAUCGAAGAGCGGCGGAUCAAAGAGAUCGUCAAGAAACACUCGCAGUUUAUUGGAUACCCUAUCACACUCUUUGUGGAGAAGGAGCGCGAUAAGGAGGUGAGCGAUGAUGAGGCGGAAGAGGAGAAAGAGAAGGAGAAAGAAGAAGAAGAAGAGGGCGAGAAAGACGAAGACAAGCCUGAGAUUGAAGACGUAGGCUCAGAUGAGGACGACCACGAUCAUGGCGAUAAGUGUGGCGACAAGAAGAAGAAAAAGAAGAAGAUCAAGGAGAAAUACAUCGAUCAGGAGGAGCUGAACAAAACCAAACCGCUGUGGACCCGCAACCCUGAUGACAUCACCAACGAAGAGUACGGAGAGUUUUACAAGAGCCUGACCAACGACUGGGAGGAUCAUCUGGCUGUUAAGCACUUUUCAGUGGAAGGUCAGCUGGAAUUUCGCGCGCUGCUUUUUGUCCCUCGUCGAGCUCCAUUCGAUCUGUUUGAGAACAAGAAAAAGAAGAAUAACAUCAAACUGUACGUGCGCAGGGUGUUCAUCAUGGACAACUGUGACGAGCUCAUACCAGAAUAUCUCAACUUUAUUAAGGGUGUGGUGGACUCUGAGGAUCUGCCUCUGAACAUCUCCAGAGAAAUGCUUCAACAGAGCAAAAUCCUGAAGGUGAUCCGCAAAAACCUGGUCAAGAAGUGUCUGGAGCUCUUCACCGAACUGGCAGAGGAUAAAGACAACUAUAAGAAAUACUACGAGCAGUUCUCCAAAAACAUCAAGCUGGGCAUCCAUGAAGACUCGCAGAACAGAAAGAAACUGUCAGAGCUGCUGCGCUACUACACAUCCGCUUCAGGAGACGAGAUGGUGUCGCUCAAAGAUUACGUCACACGCAUGAAGGACACGCAGAAGCACAUCUACUACAUCACCGGUGAGACCAAAGAUCAGGUGGCGAACUCAGCGUUUGUGGAGCGCCUCCGUAAAGCAGGUCUGGAGGUGAUCUACAUGAUCGAGCCCAUCGACGAAUACUGUGUUCAGCAGCUGAAGGAGUUCGAAGGCAAGAAUCUGGUGUCGGUCACUAAAGAAGGCCUGGAGCUGCCCGAGGAUGAGGAGGAGAAGAAGAAGCAGGAGGAGAAGAAGAGCAAGUUUGAAAACCUCUGCAAGAUCAUGAAGGACAUCCUGGAGAAGAAAGUGGAGAAGGUCACCGUCUCCAACCGUCUGGUGUCUUCGCCUUGCUGUAUCGUCACCAGCACAUACGGCUGGACGGCGAACAUGGAGAGGAUCAUGAAGGCUCAGGCCCUCAGAGAUAACUCCACUAUGGGUUACAUGGCUGCCAAAAAGCACCUGGAGAUCAACCCUGACCACCCCAUCGUGGAGACUCUCCGGCAGAAAGCGGAAGCUGACAAAAACGACAAAUCUGUGAAGGAUCUGGUGAUCCUGCUGUUCGAGACGGCGCUCUUAUCCUCAGGCUUCACACUGGACGACCCGCAGACACACUCCAACCGCAUCUACAGGAUGAUCAAACUGGGCUUAGGCAUUGAUGAGGACGACCUGUCGGCAGAGGAGCCCAGUUCUGCCCCGAUAGAGGAGAUGCCGCCGCUGGAAGGAGACGACGACACAUCCCGCAUGGAGGAGGUGGACUGAGGAACACAUCCAGCGUGUAUUAUUA